AGAAUUUGUAAAAAAUGUUGAAAAUAAAGCGAACCAUAGCGAAUUUAUAUCGCCAAUACGAGCUGGCUACGUGCAUUAGCAUGUUUGAGCCAUGGGAGAAGAAACUCAUCAAUGGUUUCGUCCUUGUUAUUUUGGCUCUGUUGGUCUUCUCCAGCUGUGUGUAUCUGCCCACUUACAUGCAAACACUACUGCAGUUCAUAACGCCACUGCCUUGGUCAGGAAAAUCCACCAAUAACGCCUAUGCGCCCAUUGCGUCAACUCAAAAGAUGAACAUAGGCUAAUACUCAAAGGAGUAGUCGCGGGACACCUUAUCUAAGGAUUACUAGAUUUACUCAUAAGUUAUAUGCAUAUAGUGUUUGUUUUCUGUUUGCCCAAAAGCCGAAUCAAGGACAACGUGCUGCGGUCUCCAAGACUUAUUAGUACUUUUAAAUAUACUUUAUAAUUUAAUUUAACUCA